CACCUGAAUGUGGGGGUUAGUCAGCUAAGGUACCCUAGGCAGAGGCUUCUGCAAUGUCUAAAAUGGUUAAGGUACCUAAGUACCAAGCUACCUCCUUCAAAGCUUCAACUUCAUCACAAAUUACAUUGGAUACUUGAAAAGACCAAAUAGAGCGAAAGCAGUGCAGAUAUAUUUCCCUUUGCAUAUGCCGCGCAUCUACAUACCUCCUUCCUAUUCCCCUCCCAUAUUAUAUUUACUUCAUUCCACGAUUCGAAGCUUCAGUCUACAAUAUUCACCCAAUUGCAUGCAAUAUCCAUUAUCCCAUUAGUCACGAUCUCGUCGCACCAAUAUACCCACCAACUAAUAUAAAAGAUAUAGCUUGAAGUUCCUGGGUGUUUCCUCAACUUUUUUUGAUCACUCCUUCUUUUCGGCGCGCCUUACACCUUUGGAUUCAACGUUUCCACUCGAUCAGUCUCCUUACAACUCAGCCCCUGCCAUCAAAAACGCGCCUUGGCAGGUAGAUACUAGACACGAUGGACACUAUGGAUCUCGACAUGGAGAUGGAUGUGGAUGUUGACCUCGUGCCUGACGAGCCUAUAAUUCCCGAACCAGAGUUUGAAGACGCGCCUGGCAAUCGCUCACCCGGGGAAAUAGUAGACGACGAUACUCCUAUACCUGUCAAAGUCUAUAUCAGAGGUCUCGAUGUCAUGAAUCCCGAAGAGGUAAAGACUUAUGUCGCCGAACACUUCCCAGAGGAACCAAUGGAGAGAAUAGAGUGGAUAGACGAUUCCUCAGCCAACCUGUUAUUUGGUUCCGAAUCGGCCGCGUCACGCGCGCUCAGCUCCUUAGCAGCUCAAGACAUAUAUGACGUUUCUCAACUUCCUUUACGGCAACUCUUAUCCGCCAAGCCUUUCUCAAAGAGGCCAGAGGUCAUGUUACAAGUCCGGUUAGCUGUCGCAUCCGAUAAGAAGCAAGUCGGCGCUGCUUCGAGGAGCCGCUUCUAUCUUCUAAACCCCGAAUAUGACCCAGAAGAACGGCGGCGGCGCAACGAGGCCCGGAAGUAUCGUGACCGGGAUGGUGAUGGGUAUAACCGUAGGCGAACAAGGGAAGCCCGAAACCGGGAGGCUGAGGAACAAUUCGAUGUCAACCUAUACGACGAUGAUGAAGCCGCCUUAUCUCGUCGCGCGUCGUACUCGCGACCUCAGCGCAGGCGGUCAUAUACACCAAAUACGAGCGAAGAGGGAUAUGGAAGGGAUUCGUAUCGUCCUGACAAUCGCGGCAAAGAGCUAUUUCCUAGUAGUUCAAGCGGUCAGAACGAGCCUCGGCGGAGGCGGUCAGCUUCACCCCGCGGUCGAGAUAGCGACCAAGCAAUGGACGACAUUGCGAGUGACGGGUUAGCAGCUCGAAAUCGUGACAAAGCACGUGCAAUCAAGAGCCGCAUGUCGCGUAGCAAUAGGGCUAGGGAGCUUUUCCCGGACAAGUCAGGGGAGGGAUCCGGGCGGCUCGGGGAUGAAGUAGAAGAUACGACUACUUUGCUAGCCAAAGGGAUCAUGCUACCUCUGAUGGACGAGAGAAACGAUACACGGGCAACGUCAGGGCGUAGGCUCGAGGAUAGGAUUACCGUUCCGGGGAAGAGUAAACUGGCAGACAGGAUUACGACUGUAGAGGAGAUUAGGGAUUCUGGCUUCAAUAUUCGUGGGACAGCAAGCCAGAGGAGCGCCAAUCAAGGGUUUGCAAUUAAGGGCAGUGCGGGCAAGUCAGCAAAAGAACUAUUCCCCGAAAAACUAGGGGCCAAUUCCGGAAAAGAGCUCUUCGCUGAUAGACUUGAAGGAAGGUCAAGACAGCGGCAGAGAGCAGGAGACUUAUUUGACUGAUAGAAGCACAUAUGCGACAUGGAUUCUGGGAAUGGGCACUACGGUGACAGGCGUAUAUGAGAAAAACGUUGACCUUGUAACAUAGUUAUAUAGUAUCGUUCGGCGAAUGCAUUAAGAGGAUAGUAGUCUGA